AGAGAGACAAACACCAUUAAAAGCAGAGAGAGUAAUAAGAGUACGUCAAAAGGCAAAGCCAAAAGCCAACAAUAUUUAAAGCAAGAACGUGAAGCACUUGAAAACACGAUUGAUAUAUAUCCAAACCAAACCCUAUUCGUUGUAACGACGGCGGUGUGGUUUUAGUGUUUACACAAGUUAACCAAAUUAGCCAUCACCGUAAUCUACUGCAAGAAAUCUCCAUCAGCCCUUUUUAUACUCAGUUCUAUACUUUCUAAAUUCCCCAAUUCCAAUGAGCAGAAACAGCAGCAGCAACGGCGUUUGUUGGCAGAGCAACAGCGGUUACUACGGCUAUGGUUAUGGAGGAGGAGGAUACGUGGAGAAGAGACAACUGUUCCUGAAGAGCUACCAAUUCUCUAGGAAACAGAGCUUAACAGAGAAGAUUCAAAGAUCCGUGAAGAGAGUUGUCAAGAAAGUUGUUUGGAUAAGGUUGAAAUCUGCUAGGAAGCUGAAACGCGUCGUUUGGUCGCGUCUCAAAACAGCGUUUUUCUACCGCCGUAGACGCUUUUUUCGUCUCCUUCAUCCAAACAAACCUUCAUCUUACUGCUUCUACUGACUACUGAGUUUAUCUUUUCUCUUCUUGUCUCUGUUUCUUCGUUGAUUUGUGUGUGCAUAUUAGUUUCGCUGCGUGCUUAAAAAUUAAGAUUUAUCUUUUCAUUUAGUUAAUGUCAUUUAAUUGAUUUCACUGAAAUGAUCUUGUUAUGGUUAAGGAUUGCGAUCAAAUUUUUCGAAUU